CUUAUCUCUAUCGAAAUUGGGAAAAAUUGAAAAUUGAAAAUACUCAAAUCUUAAUUACCUAUGGUGUGUCCAAGUGGACGGUUUGAAAAUUGAAUUAUUUUGUAUAUUUUAAACCGCGGUCAAGUGUUUAGUUUUCAAAAUGGUAAAAUAACCUUUGAAAAUGUUGUGUUUUGCUGCAACCAGAUUCCGUGUAAAUCGUAUUAACUUUAGCAGUGUUUUCUGUUCGACAAACGAUCAAAGCUCGUUGUGGAUUAUUGAUCAUUACGCGGUAUAAACAUUGUGUUAAUUGUUAUAUUUGAUAAGUAAAAAACGCUACCUUAUUCGUUUUUGAGUUUAUCAAAGAAUUACUGUCGAAAAUGGGCACAUCGAUUGAAAACCUACGCAAUGUUUGUAGACUUUGUGCAAAUACACAUGAACAAAUGAUACCAAUUUAUAAUGCAGAAGGUCUAGAACACGGUUUGGAAGUAAAAAUCAAUUCAUUGUUACCAUUUAUUUCGCUUUCAAAAGGACGUAAUAUAUUGCCAGAUCAAGUUUGUUACACGUGUGCUUCGACGUUGCUCGUCUUCAGUGACCUCUUAGAAAGAAGUAUGAAAACAGAUGAGGAUUUCAAGCUUAUGUUGUCUGACAUUAUAAAUAAAAAUAAGGCCAGCAAAACAAACAAGAGAAAAUCACAAGGAACUAAAGUUGUGUUAUACACGAGAAGACCUCUUAACAACCCUACCAUUUUGUCCAUUAAACCGAUUACUCAACCACGCAUCGUUGAUCAAAAGCCGAGUAGUACCUCAGUUCCUAACCAAUCCGGGGUUUUGACUUUCAACAAAUUCACUUCAAAUGCAGAAAGGUUAAAAGAACUUCCACUAAAGAAUGUCACACAAAGUGACCAAAACAAAAACCCUAUUCAACAACAACCUUUGAGUGCAACAAAGUCUCUGGAUAACAAGAAAAUUGACCUAAUCGAUCUGACCAUUGAUCCUUCCAAAGAAUCGUCAGACAAAAAUGUUAGUACGGUCCGAGUACCGUGUAUUAAAGACGACAAAAAACAACAUAAGAAGAAGAAAAAGACUGACGAAAUCAGAUACCAACCGUCGCGGCACGAACGUCCCAUGGCCGCCAGUUCUCCUGUUCCGCGUGACCCCGUUAGCGUGCCCAACAAUCAACCACAGCCGUCCAUAAUCGACCACACGUACACAAUGUGCCAUCCGAAAUCUGCCGUCGCCCCGACGUGGUUGAACUGCGAAAAGUGCAGUAGGAGGUUCCGCGUGGCCCUUCGGCUACGAGAACACUUGGCCAAGUGCAACGGCCGCGGCAAGUCCGGCGUGAAGAAGUACGACCGGCGCACGUACGACAGGUUCAGAGUGGAGGCGGACGGGGAGGUGUUCUACAAGUGCAACCUGUGCAACUACUGUUCGACGUCCAAGAACAACCCGACGUGUUUCGCCAACCACUACCGCAGACACACGACCGGGUUCGAUGUCAAGUGCGUCCAGUGUCCGCGCAAGUUCCGCACCAGGGCGGCCAUGCAGCGGCACGUGGACGUGGUGCAUCUGGGCCGCAAGGAUUUCCAGUGUCCGGUGUGCGGCAAGACGUUUGCCGAGAGGAACACGCUGAAGACGCACCUGCUGAUACACACGGACGAGCGGCCGCUGGUGUGCCACGAAUGCGGCAAGCGGUUCCGGCACGUGUCCAAGCUGAAUGUGCACGUCAGGUUCGUGCACAAGAAAGAGAAGAACAUCAAGUGUCCGGAGUGCGGCAAAAUGUACUGCACCGGCGAACAGCUGAGGAACCACAUGAGGCGGCACGCCGGCAUCCGGGAAUUUGUUUGCCAAGUGUGCAACAAGGGUUUUCUCACUAGAAAGACCAUGGUGGAGCACGCGACCACCGUGCACGGUAACGCCAGGAAGUACGAGUGCUCCAUUUGCAACAGAGCGUUCAAGGCCAAAAGGACGUUGAUUACGCACAUGAAAACGCAUAGGGUGGUGGGUCGGACUGAGAUAACGCCCGACAAGGAGGAGGACCCGGCUUAGCCUUCAAAUGCUGACCGAUUUUUGAUGUUUGAUCCAUAAUCAUGUGUUAUUUAGGGAGUUUUCACAUAACCAGAAAACUAUCUACAGUAUUGGUUGGCAAAUAACUUUUAGUGUUAUUUCUGCCAAGUGAUACCGUGUAUAGUUUUCAAUUAUGCAAUCACUCCUAUUUUAAUUACCUAUUAAUAUAUAUUGCUAUACCUACGUUUAAGCUGUGUGUCUUACUCUUUAUAUUCUUUAAAAAUAUACUGUUAAGUUAAAUAAUAAGCUUUAAAAAUAAACUGUUGUGGUUCUUGUGAACUUUUGUGACCUAUAAUAAUUUGUGUACAUUUUA